AGGAGGACACCGGCAGCACCAAAACCGCACCAGGGUGCUGGGACAGGAUGGACACCGGCAGCGCCGAUUUGGGGCCACGAUGCCAGUCUGGUGCAGAUGCCGGCAGCACCGAAUCGAUGCUGGCGAGUCACGACGGUGAAGACACCGGCAGUGCUGAGCUGAGGCCACCGUGCCAACGUCGGGCUGAUGCUGGCAGCACCGAACCGACACCAGGCAGCAAGGACAGGGCAGGCACCGGCAUUGCCAAAACCACGCUGAUGCAUUGGGGUGAUGCUGGCUGUGCCGAUUUGGGGCUGCAACGCCAGGAUGAAGUGCGUGCUGACAGUGCCGAACCGAUGCCGGCGUGCCAGGGCCAGGCAGACAUCGGCAGCACAGAUUUGGGGACACAAAACCAGAACCAGGCAGAAUCUAGCAGCUCCAAACUGAUGCCAGGGUGCCGGGACGAGGCAGCCACCAGCAGAGCCGAUUUGGGGAUACAAUGCCAGGACAUGGCGGAUGCUGGCAGCGCCAAAUCAGCCCCGCAGAACCAGCGCGAGGAGGAUGCCGCCAAGCCAAGCUGGCACGAUGGUGAGGCCACGGCAGCGGGUGCCCGUCCCUUUCGGUGCAGGGUGUGCGGGAAGCGGUUCUGGGCGAGCGCCACGUUGAUGCGGCACCAGGUGCUGCACGGAGCCGAACGCCCCUUCUCCUGCACCGAGUGCGGCCGCGGCUUCUGCGACCGAGCGGCGCUCGCCACGCACCGGCGAAGGCACACAGGCGAGCGCCCCUUCGCCUGCGCCGAGUGCGGCAAAGCUUUUGCCGGCAGCGCGGGGCUGCUGGUACACCAGCGGGCGCACACGAGCGAGCGUCCCUUCGCCUGCGCCGAGUGCGGGCAGCGCUUUCGGCAAAGCGCCCACCUCGCCCAACACCGCCAGGGCGCCCACGGCAUGGGACGCCCGCACCUCUGCCUGCAGUGUGGCAAAGCCUUCGCCCUCCGCUCCACGCUGGCCCGGCAUGCUCAGACCCACACCGGCGAACGGCCCCACGCCUGCGGUGACUGCGGGCGCCGCUUCCGCCAGCGGGCUCACCUGGCCCGGCACCGCUUGGCACACACCGGCGAACGCCCCUUCCCCUGCGGCGAGUGCGGCAAAGCCUUCGCCCUCAGCGCCACGCUGCUGCGGCACCAGCUGGUGCACACCGGCGAGCGCCCACACCGCUGCCCCGACUGUCCCCGUGCCUACACCCAAAGCGCUUACCUGGCCCAGCACCGCCGCAGCGCCCACGCCGGCCAACGGCCCCACGCCUGCCCCGAAUGCCCACGGGCUUUCGCCGACCGCGCCAACCUCCUGCGGCACCGUCGGGGCCACGCUGGCGUCCGGCCCCACGCUUGCGGGCAGUGUGGGCGACGCUUCACCCAGCGGGCGCACCUCCGGGCGCACGCGGGCACCCACGGCGGGCAGCGGCCCUUUGCCUGCGGGCAGUGCGGGCAGGUUUUCGGGCGACAGGCAGCGCUGGCGGCUCACGGGCGGGCGCACGGCGGGCAGCGGCGGCCCUUUGCCUGCGGGCAGUGCGGGCAGCGCUUCGCCCAGCGAGCCAGCUUGGUAGAGCACGGCCGACGGCACACGGGCGAGCGGCCUCACCGCUGUCCCCAGUGUCACCGCGGUUUCCGGCAUCGCUCGGCACUGCUGCGGCACCGGCGGGCGCAUGCCGGCGAGCGUCCCUUCCCGUGCACCCAUUGCGGCCGCCGCUACAGCCGCAGCUCCAACCUCCUCUUGCACCAGCGAGUCCACGCACUUGACUAGCACCCAUGGGUGCUGCGGUGGGGGUGUUCAUACGGCAUCACGGCGUGCCACCCAACACCGUACCACGGCUUUUGCCGCACCAGGUGGGGUGUCCAGCGGUGCCAGACGCAUCGUGCCCUGUGCCGGCCUCGAAGCCUUGUAUCCCCACAGGAUGAGCACCACCGGGUUAAUUUUAAAUAAUAAUAAUUUAAAAAGAAAAUAUA